AUGAGCGGGCACGACUCCAAGUACUUCUCCACCACCAAGAAGGGGGAGAUCCCCGAGCUCAAGGAGGAGCUCAACUCCCAGUACAAGGACAAGAGAAGAGAUGCUGUCAAGAAAGUGAUUGCUGCUAUGACUGUAGGAAAAGAUGUCUCAUCAUUGUUCACUGAUGUUGUGAACUGCAUGCAGACCGAGAACUUGGAGCUCAAGAAACUAGUAUACUUGUAUCUCAUCAACUAUGCUAAAAGUCAACCUGAUCUUGCCAUUCUUGCUGUGAACACAUUUGUUAAGGAUUCACAAGACCCAAACCCAUUGAUUCGUGCUUUGGCUGUUAGGACAAUGGGUUGUAUCCGUGUGGACAAAAUCACAGAGUAUCUCUGUGAUCCACUUCAAAGAUGCCUCAAGGAUGACGAUCCCUAUGUACGGAAGACUGCAGCUAUUUGCGUUGCUAAACUUUAUGAUAUAAACGCUGAGCUAGUAGAGGACAGAGGAUUUCUGGAGGCCCUUAAGGACUUAAUAUCUGACAAUAAUCCUAUGGUUGUUGCAAAUGCUGUUGCUGCGCUGGCAGAGAUUCAAGAUAGUAGUGUUCGGCCAAUCUUUGAGAUCAGCAGCCAUACACUGUCAAAGCUUCUGACAGCUCUGAAUGAAUGCACAGAGUGGGGUCAAGUCUUCAUUUUGGAUUCUUUGUCAAGAUACAAAGCAGCUGAUGCCAGGGAAGCUGAAAACAUAGUGGAACGAGUUACACCCCGUCUCCAACAUGCAAAUUGUGCAGUUGUUCUUUCUGCUGUUAAGAUAAUCCUUCUACAAAUGGAGCUCAUUACAAGCACGGAUGUAGUCAGGAAUCUCUGUAAGAAAAUGGCUCCCCCUCUUGUGACUCUUUUGUCAGCAGAGCCUGAAAUUCAGUAUGUAGCCUUGAGGAACAUUAAUCUGAUAGUUCAAAAGAGGCCUACAAUACUCGCUCAUGAGAUUAAGGUUUUCUUUUGCAAGUACAAUGACCCUAUAUAUGUUAAGAUGGAAAAACUGGAGAUUAUGAUAAAGCUUGCCUCAGAUCGAAAUAUAGAUCAGGUGCUCUUGGAAUUUAAGGAGUAUGCCACAGAGGUUGAUGUUGACUUUGUGCGGAAAGCUGUUCGUGCGAUUGGGAGAUGUGCAAUUAAAUUGGAGAGAGCUGCUGAAAGGUGCAUCAGCGUUUUGCUUGAGCUGAUUAAGAUAAAAGUUAAUUAUGUUGUUCAGGAAGCUAUAAUUGUUAUCAAAGAUAUCUUCAGACGCUACCCUAACACGUAUGAGUCUAUCAUCGCUACACUUUGUGAAAGUCUGGACACUUUAGAUGAACCAGAAGCUAAGGCAUCCAUGAUUUGGAUAAUUGGAGAAUAUGCUGAAAGAAUUGACAAUGCUGAUGAACUUCUUGAGAGCUUCUUGGAAACAUUCCCUGAAGAACCAGCAUUAGUUCAACUGCAGCUGCUAACCGCUACUGUUAAAUUGUUCCUUAAGAAGCCAACUGAGGGGCCACAACAGAUGAUACAGGCUGUUCUCAAUAAUGCAACAGUUGAAACAGAUAAUCCUGAUUUGAGGGACAGAGCUUACAUAUACUGGCGACUUCUUUCCACUGAUCCUGAGGCUGCAAAAGAUGUUGUUUUGGCGGAGAAACCUGUGAUCAGUGAUGACUCCAACCAGCUUGACUCAUCACUUCUUGAUGAGCUGCUAGCAAACAUUUCUACCCUUUCAUCAGUUUAUCAUAAGCCCCCAGAAUCAUUUGUCAGCCGUGUUAAGGCAGCUCCUAGGGCUGAUGAUGAGGAGUUUGGUGAUACAGCUGAAACAGGGUAUUCAGAGUCCCCAUCCCAGGGAGUUGAUGGGGCAUCACCUUCCUCUAGUGCUGGUACUUCUUCUAAUGUACCUGUGAAACAGCCGGCAGCUGCAUCCCCACCUCCAGCUGCAAUGCCAGACCUUUUAGGUGAUCUGAUGGGUAUGGACAAUGCUAUUGUCCCUGUUGACGAACCUGCAGCACUUUCCGGCCCUCCUCUACCUGUCUUGCUGCCUUCGACUACAGGCCAAGGGCUGCAGAUUAGUGCACAACUAACGCGGCAUGAUGGCCAGAUAUACUAUGAUAUAUCUUUCGAGAAUGGCACCCCGGGUGUCCUAGAUGGAUUUAUGAUUCAGUUUAACAAGAACACAUUUGGUCUUGCUGCUGGUGAAGCACUUCAGGUUACUCCACUGCAACCAGGCCAAUCAACAAGGACACUUCUACAAAUGAUCCCGUUCCAGAAUAUCAGCCCUGGUGCACCAAACUCGCUAUUACAGGUUGCUGUGAAAAAUAAUCAGCAGCCGGUGUGGUACUUCAAUGACAAAAUUCCACUGCAUGUUUUCUUUGGUGAAGAUGGAAAAAUGGAGCGAGCUGGUUUUCUUGAGGCCUGGAAAUCUUUACCUGAUGACCACGAAUUUACAAAAGAAUUCCCGGGCUCUGUCAUCAGCAGCAUAGAUGCUACUGUUGAGCGCCUUGCAGCAUCAAAUGUGUUCUUUAUAGCCAAGCGGAAAAAUGCAAACAUGGAUGUUCUGUAUCUGUCUGCGAAGAUGCCCCGCGGAAUCCCCUUCCUUAUAGAGGUUACAGCCGCUGUUGGUGUUCCUGGUGUGAAGUGUGCAGUCAAAACUCCAAACAGGGAGAUGGUUCCUCUCUUCUUUGAAGCUAUGGAAGCUCUUACCAAGUGA